AUGACCUCAUUCACUGAAAGGGGAUUCUUCGGGGAUGCCAUCUUUGGCGCUAUUCCUCAAGGAUGGAUUGACGCAAGCGACCUCCGCGAGAUCCCAGACCACCAAGAAGUCUUUCUCUCGCCAUCGACUCUCUCCAGUCUGAUCAUCGAGAUUAACCAGCGGGUAUCGGAUGAGGAUGCGCGCAGCAUGGCACAGCGAAUUAGCUCUGCCUCCUCUGCUGCAGAAGAAGACCCCGAGGCCGUCGUCGACAAGGCGGCCGCGCUGUACCAUCUCAACGAUAUCUGCGAAGAAGGUGACUUGAUGCAUAUCCUCACCCCGCCGCAGCGUGUGAGAUUACCCAAGUUCCCAUCUUCUUCCGGGACUGCCUACCGGGGUGUUGUCUGCUUUGAAACAACCAACAGGCGACAACGGGGGAACGUCCACAACACUAGUAGUAGUACUAACAAUACCACCCCUCAUCCUCUCCCUUCUCCUCCUUUCACCACGAAUGGUGCGGUGGCAGGGUCCAGUACGGCCAGGUCAUCGAGAGCCGGGUGCCAUUUCCUGCUUGUGCGGUUGGCGGAGCAGGAGACCGAUCUGUUGGUCGUCGUGAAUGUCCCGCAUGAUGAGUUCGAUUCGCGAGGGGAUGAGCGUGGACUCAACGCCGAAGAGGCCCUGGGGGCUGCCAUGGUGGCGAAGAUUGUCGAGACCUUGGAUGUUAGGAACUGGGGGCUGUUUGUUUGA